AGUAAAAAAUUCAAAAGUUGUAUAAACAAGAUUAAAGCAUAUGAGAUAUUCUGGUCUACAGUGGGAAAUGCUUAAGGCAUAAAAUUAAAAAUUUACUUUAAAUUUUCUUUAGAUGAAUAAUAUUACAUGACAAAAAAUCAUAUCUGGAGUUAAAUGCAUGAGGGCAGCUGAUUUUUUUCUUCUUUAUUUAAAAUAAUUGAAGUGAAACAUUAACAGAAAAAUUUUUAAAAAUGGAUCUUGAAUAUUUCCAUUCGACUGUUGAUAUGUUCGCGAUGAGUGGGCACACGCUCAAUCUAGAAAAAUUCAGUCUGCUGCACGCAUCGUUAACACUGCUCCAGAAUGACAACCACUUCAAAAAAGUAUAUUUUUGGGGCAAAGUAUUGGGAUUGGAUUGUGACUAUUAUAUAGCAUUCGGCUACACUAAAGAUAUCCUUAAAGGAAUCGUCUUUUACUACAGCAAGAAUGCCAUCGAUUGGGUUUUGCUUCCAAAAACAAGAGACAUGGAGAACUAUCUAUCACUGAUUAUAACGUCUAGAUUUCAAGGAGAUCAAUCGUUACAAGUAGAUGUUAUGGAUGAUAAACCGAUCCCUGGUGAUGAAUACGAAGCCGGGAGUGACACCGUCGCGUCAAAGAAAUUAAAAAGAUGGUUCAAAAUACCGGUUUACGUCUUGAAAGAAGAAGACAGGCUGGCUUCAGUUGUCGCUAGCGCAACUGCCGAAGGAGCUGUUGUGCCCAGAGGGGCUCUCUAUAAGCAUCCGAACGGGGACGUCGUGCCCAAUGAGACUUUCUGUGGGCUUAAAAUGGACGAAGCGCUGGUGCUGAAUAAUUAUUGCCAUUUCAGGAGGCCUUUGGGCAAAUGGGAUGCUAAUUUGCUGAAGCGAGCCGAUUACAAUUAUUCAAUCGAUUUCUUAGACACUAUUGACAGCGAUAUACCGAUUAAUUGUUCGUGGAGUAUGCAGUUGAUAAACUACAACAGAACCGUAAUGGUCAGGAGCUUGUACUGGCCUGGAAUGACAAGCUUUCAUAAUCUUGAGUCUAGGAUUUACGGUUUUGUGUUCUUUGGUCUGGGGAAAAGAAAUUUAGACAUCCCUUUCAUGGUGGGAUAAAAAAAAAAU